UUUGACACAUAGGGAUAUGUUUAUAAACAUUGAGAAAAUAAAACGUGUGGAAUAUAAUCGGAAAAUUUGCAAUCAAUAUCGGUGCAAUAAUAUAAGUCUUGUGGAGAGAUGCAUCUGAAUUAAGUGGUAACAGAUAUUCCGCUGCUAGCGGUGAAGUUUGCUGUUUUAAUAUUGUUACUUCGUAACGGUUGUCACUGGAUUCUAUUGCUUUUCUCCAAGAACGCUAAUCUAUUCACGAAGUUGUAUUAUCAUCCGAAGAUAAUCGACAUAGAAAAUUCGACACGCUUGUGUUAUCUUUUGCCGUUUCAAGAAGCUCAUGCGUGGCAUGCAAGGCAGGAGCAAAUAGUACAUUCUAUUAGCUAAUAAAUUGCUUUGUUGGCGGUAUUUGUGAGCUUUGGAGAUUUACGAAAAAAGAAACAACGUGCUCUCCCGUUUUUGGUAGGUUAACCGUAGAAGGUGCUAGAAAGACACGUAAUGACGCGCCAAGCUUUAUCCGUUGUGAUGGCUCAGGUCUUUGGAAUAUGGCGUCGACAGAUGGGACUACAACUUGGUGCUAGCACACUCUGCUGGCUGGCUUUGAUUUCGUACGUCUGGUGUGGUGCGAACAACCUUCACAUGAGCGAUGGCGUACGGACGCAGGACAUAAUCGCGGGUGAUGUGUUUUUUGAAAUUUUAGAACCGUCGGCCCUAGAGUACACGUACCGGUUGCGGCCUGCAAAAGAUUUCGGCGGAACCUUCGGAAUUUCUUAUAAAUCUCCACAGGGGAAGCUUGUUCCGGCAAUACCGGCUGAUGCGUGUUCCGCAAAGUUUGAAAACGCCGACGAAUUAAUUGGGAGCAUCGCACUCGUCGAGCGGGGCCAUUGUUCCUUUCUAACUAAGGCCAUCAAUGUGGAAGCGAUUGGCGGUGCAGCCAUAAUUGUGACAGAGUACGAUACGGAGAUUGAUGAUUUUGACUACUACAUUGAAAUGGUGCAUGACAAUACCGAUCGCGAUGCGAAUAUCCCUGCCGGCUUUUUACAUGGCAAGAACGGUAUCAUUAUACGACAGACACUGAAAAAGCUGAACCUGCCGUACGCGAUCGUAAAUAUUCCCGUAAACCUUACGUUCAUACAACCGCAUAUGAUCAACCAACCUCCUUGGUUACCAUGGUGAGCGUAAACUGCGCAACAGUACCAAUGAUAUAUGCGGAUAAUAAGGAUAUAAGGAUUGUAAACGCAUAACGAAAACAAAACCAGUGUGGAACACAAAAAUGACUGAAACAAUGUGGAUGCUGUCGUUGCUGCUGAUGAAAACGUUACUAUCAUGUCUCUUAUUAAGGGAGAGCCAUAUGGUUGUGGUUAGUUGUAGUUCGUCGGUUACUACGGCAAAACCAAACUAUCGCUCAGUACAACUUACACGAGAAGAACUGGCUGCUACCGUUCGCCGUAUGAAACCAUUUUGGACCAGUACGGGAUUGUGUCCACCGGAACCACAAAACGCUAGUGGAGCUUUUUGGCAAUCGAGAGACUCAUUGAUGAACCUGGAGCUGAUAGCCUCGUUGCCAAAUCGUGGUAUAAGCCAUGUGCGGAUCCAUUGGCUUCUAGAGCUUCUUGAAGUGUAAGUUUUGCCGUGUUCUGUUACAUCUUUGGGACGUUUGUGGCAAUAUUAUUUGUAAAGCAACAAAAGAAAUGUUAGGUAAAACUUUUCCACUGCUCACAUAACUGUAUUACGACAAUUAGUUUCGUUAAUACGUGUGCAAUUGGCAAUA